AUGCUGCCCAGCUCCCUAUUUAGCAUCUACCAGCAAUACAAGGAAGACACCGACUCAGUGGCUUCUUGGCUUGCUUCGACAGCAAAGGCCUGCGGAUACCCUUCAGAUUUACUCACACCUACCGGCAUCCAGACAAAGGGAACAGGCCGCUUAAAAGGAAAGGCCAGAAGGGAUGCCAAGAAGCAGAAUACCUACGUUCCAACUCCUCUACACACUAUUCCGAAGUACGUCAUUGCUGUCAAGGACUUUAUCCCUCUGGCUGAAUUCAUUUUCGCUUCGAAACCACUUAUCUCAGUCCCUCCGUCCUUCGCCGAAACUCUCGACCGAGUCAUAUAUGUGCGGGCCAAGUUUGGCGCUCAACUGAUCGACCAUGGGAUGAAGCCAAGUACCAAAUCGGAUUCCACUCAUUCCUUCUUCGUUGGGAUUCUGGAAAGGGUUAGAGAUGUCCUCAGGCCUCGUAUGCCUGCUGGAACUAAAUCUUUUCAAUCCUUUGAAGACUUGGGUAAUCGUUUCAGUGGUCUCAAAGUCUACGAAUCCUCCCCAGAGUUGCUAGAUGUCCCUGAUAUCGAGCGUCCCAAGAACGCACAAGGAGAUGACACCAUUUACGAGGCCGAACCUCAGACAUCGCUUGAAGAUGCUUUAGUAGCGUACACAAUCAUGGUGAACGAUCUCAACCAGAUUAGGUCCUACAUCGAAUGGAUUUGGUCCAAUUACCGAGACGGAUAUUUUGACCUCGCCAACGCUGCUGUUGCCACGAAUACUGGGAUUAAUCUGGCACGCAAUCUUAUUGACCAAGUCCUACCAAUUUUCAAGGACCAUGGUGGUGCCUGCACUAUUUUGGAGAAGUUCUCCUUUAUCUGUGCCAGGCGGGAUGGAUUCUCAGAGGAUGAUAUUCUUUCAUGGGGCCCAGCUGGUAAAAACGAAGAUAUUUAUGAGGUUGCGGACAAAACCUACCUAAAUGCCUGUCUAUUGCUUGAUGGUUUGGCUAGGGUUCUACCUCCAAACCAUUUGCCGAUCUACAAAGAAGGCAUGUUCGGAAUGUACGAUCCCCAGAGUGAUCGAACGUCCAAGAAAGGUCAAGCAAAAUUCAAGGAGGAUCAGAUCAUCCUAUCCGAAUUCUUCACCGAGGCCGUCACGCUCGCUCGUCUCGUUCCUAACUACCCAGUUGAGGACGAGUUCAUUCGAGGAAUCCGGGAGUUAGACACGACUGGAAACAUACCGUUUCACCUUGUAUACGCUACCCAAAUCCUCUUAGACGUUCAUCACAUCAUCAGAGAUCGCGCAUCCAAUGCACUAGACAGCCUACUCAAGCACACCACUGUGAUGGACGAUGAGCUUAGCAGCCAUAUCGAGUUUCACGAGAAUUUGAAAAUCGAAAACUGGCCUGCUUCGAAUGAGCGCGCUCUCCGCGAGUUUAAACACUCCUUGAAAUGGUUCGUUCAGGAUCCAGUCUUUCUUGCCAAGCAAAGAAUCUCGCAGAGGGCUGGAAGCCUAGCCAUGGAAUCUGAAAGACAUCGUAUACUCGCCCACUCGCCUAUACUCUGCGGGCUUGUGCUAUACCACUUUCGAGCUAAGAUGUAUAAUUUUGGUAUUGCCAUCACGAACGCCUGGGGCUCAAUCACGUACCCUGCACAUCUGUACAAUGCCCUUCGAAAUGAAGGCCUUCUCAACGGACAUUGGACAGAUAUGGAUGCUGUCCAAACGUUGCUAGGAGACUCCAACUUAUUCGUUGGUGAACGACCGGAAAAUAGGUACGGCUACCUAAAACACUUUCUUCUGCAAAUGGGCUACUCUGCUUCAACUUUCGCUGUUGGUGGAAGCGGACUACUGCGGCGGCCUGGGAGACACCACGACCUGGCCUCUCGUGGCGGGCCACAUGGCAUUAAGGACGGUGCCCCAGUAUCAUGUAUGUUUGUUGAAAGAUAUGUAAGAGGAUUAGGUCAGAUUGACCUGUCGCCCGAGCAUGUUGACCAGAUCAUCUCGCGCAGUAGGUUCCAGGAAGAAGGAUCAGAGAAAAACAACACUCUCAUGCUUACUCUAAUCGAUGACCGAGACGAGCUGAGGAAGAAGCGUCAGCCCAAACAGCGUAAGAAGAUGACUGGAGAAGCCCAGUGGCCUCCAGGCGAGCUUUUGAGGUCUCUGGUUUUGGCCUUGGGAGCAGAAACCUUGGAGUUUUCAUUUCCAUACUUGCUCAUGCAUAGGUGGUGUUGGAAGUUCUUGCGUCAUGUCAAAGAGGCCUGUGAUUUCACCUUGAAGCAGCUGUACACUACCUCUUACAUCGAGAAAGAGAUCGAACUACCGUUUGUUGUGGGUUACAUAUUCAUGGCUGCAAGCGAUGACCAAGAGAGAAGGGGGGAGUUUUUGAUGCGGGCUGCUGCCAAGGUGCUCAAUGUCAUGAUUGAAGGUGGGGCAGGGGAAUUGGUGCUUGGAGUCGUGCGCAACGCUUAUGGGUUUCAAGUUGAGUUUGCUACUGAGGAUGACUCUGACAACAGUGGCAGUGCAGAUAGUCAGUAG